CUGCGCGCGGGGAGGCGGCGCCGCGGUUCUGCUCGCGCCCUGUCUGAUGCCAGUGCCGCCCUGCCAUGAGUCGAUGAGCCCGCUGCGGAUCAGCGUGGGAGGUCUGCCCGUGCUCGCGUCCAUGACCAAGGGCGCCGACCCCCGCUUCCGACUGCGCUGGAGGGCCAUCGUGCUGUCCUUGGCCUGCGUGGGGCUCCUGCUGCUGCUGCUGUGCCUGCACCGCUCCUCCCCGGCGCGGCGCGGUCCCCCCAGCCCUCGCACGUGGCAGCUCGGCCCGCACGCAGCGGAGCGCUACAACGACACGUACCCGCUGUCCCCGCCGCAGCGCAACGCCGAGGGCGUGCGCUACCGCAUCGGCCUCAUCGCCGACCUGGACACGCGGUCCCGCGGCCCCCAGGAGCACACGUGGUUCAGUUACCUGAAGAAGGGCUACCUGGUACUGUCGGACAGUGGGGACAGAGUGACGGUGGAGUGGGACGAGGACGAGAGCACGCUGCAGUCCCACCUGGCUGAGAAGGGCCGGGGCAUGGAGCUCUCGGAGCUGGUGGUUUUCAACGGGAAGCUGUACGCGGUGGACGACAGGACAGGUGUGGUCUACCAGAUCGAGGGCAACAAGGUGGUGCCGUGGGUGAUCCUCCCAGAUGGGGAUGGCACCGUGGGCAAAGGCUUCAAGGCGGAGUGGCUGGCAGUGAAGGAUGAGCACCUGUACGUGGGAGGACUGGGCAAGGAGUGGACCACCACGACAGGGGAAGUGGUGAACGAGAACCCCCAGUGGGUGAAGGUCAUUGGCUACAAGGGUGACGUGAGCCACGAGAACUGGGUGACAAAUUACAACGCUCUGAGGGCUGCAGCAGGGAUCCGGCCCCCAGGGUACCUGAUCCACGAGUCGGCCUCGUGGAGCGACACGCUGCAGCGCUGGUUCUUCCUGCCGCGCCGCGCCAGCCACGAGCGCUACAGCGAGCGCGCGGACGAGCGGCGCGGCACCAACCUGCUGCUCAGCUCCACGCAGGACUUCGGCCACGUCACCGUGGGCCGCGUGGGCGAUGUGGUGCCCACCCACGGCUUCUCCUCCUUCAAGUUCAUCCCGGACACCGACGACCAGAUCAUCGUGGCGCUGAAGUCGGAGGAGGACAACGGCAAGAUCUCCAGCUACAUCAUGGCCUUCACGCUGGACGGGCGCUUCCUGCUGCCCGAGACCAGGAUUGGGAGCGUCAAGUACGAGGGCAUUGAGUUUAUUUAACAGACAUUGGAGCGAGCGGAGGCGUGUGGGCAGGCCCUGCUAGCCUGCUCCUAGCCCGGGUCCCUGUGGGAUGUCAGGCAGCGCUCCCAGCUCUGUCCUCGGCCCCGGGCUCUCCUGUAAAGUGUUGACUGAGCUGCA